UUGCGCGCGAACGUCUCUGCGUUCCCCUCCCCUCUCUCUUAGCUCUCUAUACGCUCGGCUAGCAGCUUCCUUCCUUGGUCGUCUGUGAAGCAAAAACGGCGUCUCCCCUCCUCCCACUCUCCCCCGUCUCCCUUCCACACAAAUGGCGGCUCCCGCUCCAGCCAACGCUACAAUCCAGGAGGAGGAGGACGAGGGCCUAAGACGGCCUAGUUCGCUGUGGGACAGGGUGACGCUGUCCCAGCUCAAACACCUGGUGGCUGGAGGAGUGGCGGGAGCCGUGUCACGGACAGCUGUAUCCCCUCUCGAGAGAAUGAAGAUCCUAUUUCAAUUGCAGGUGGAGACGGUGAAAGGGGAGCGGAAGUUCCAGGGUAUGGCUUCCACACUGCGGCUCAUUUGGAGAGAGGAAGGGGUUAAAGGAUAUUUCAAGGGGAACGGAACAAACGUAAUGAGAAUCGUGCCCUACGUCGCCGUCCAGUUUGCGGCAUAUGAAGAAUACAAGAAGUUGCUAGGUAUACCGGACGAUGUGAGGGAGCAGUCGCCUCUGAAACGACUCGUUGCCGGGGGUCUUGCUGGCAUCACCUCCGUUACCGCCACGUACCCUCUCGACCUUGUCCGGACCAGACUCUCCGCACAGGGCGAGGGACCAGACAGGAAAUACAAAAACGUGCGGCAUGCGUUCAGGACAAUCUUGAAAGAGGAGGGAGGGAUGUGGAGCGGCUGUCUGUAUCGAGGGAUUUUCCCCACUCUGUGUGGAAUUGCUCCUUACGUCGGCCUCAACUUUGCCGUCUACGAAACACUGAAAGGUUGGGUGAUGUUACAGCUACUUGAAGACGACGACAAUAGACAGCAGGUGGAGUUGGACUCAGAGUUACCGGUCGGAUGGAAACUAGGCUGUGGAGCCAUUGCUGGAGCUUUGGGCCAAUCAGUGACGUACCCUCUGGAUGUUCUCCGGCGACGAAUGCAAAUGAUAGGGGCAAUGGGGGAGAAAUUUCCGUAUCGCAGUACGCCCCAUGCGGUGGUCACGAUGUACAGGACUGAAGGGGUGUUGGCAUUUUACAAAGGGAUGUUGCCCAAUGUCAUCAAAGUUGCUCCUUCGAUCUCCAUCGCUUUUGUGACUUACGAGUUUGUAAAGGCCUGGCUCUUUGGGGUUAAAAUGACGUGGAGAUAAUCAUGUAAAAUUACGUCAUUUUUUAAUUUAUUCAUUCAUUCAUCAGUGAAUUCGACACGUUUGGUUUAUUAUAAUAACUG